AUGGUGCCGUUCCGAAGCAAGCAAGCAAGCAACUGGGAAUUCUAUCUGCUCUCCACCUGUGUCCUCCAGCAUCAGCAUUCCUGCGCAGGCCGAGUGUUCCUCGAGAAUGUGCACGCUGAGCUCUACAGCGAGCUCGGUCUCCUUCUGGUGUUCCUUGGUGCCGUCCUCGCCUUUCAAUUCCUCUACUAUGAGGUGGCGAUGCUGAAGAACCCUUCGGGCCGUUCCCUGGGCCUCCAACUAUUCGUGGCCUUGGCUUCAUCGUCCUUCCUGGGUCUCGGGCUAUUCUUCCUCUAUGCGUGGGCUGGCUUGUACUCCUGA